AUGCGUCUCGAACACGAAUUAAUAAUAGUGACGUGAUUUGUGCGACUGUAUUGGAUUUGUAUGGAACUGCGAAACCGGACGUAGUGUUAAAUAGUGUUUUAAUCAGAAAUCUCUUGGAUUGUUUAAAUGUUUCGAUCGGUAACAUAUGGAGAAACGUCUGGUGUUUUAUUUUUAAGUCCUUUGUACUUCUGUUUUUAUUGUGGUGUUUAUCCUGUAGCACUUUUCCUCACUUGCGCUGUAGUUUUUUGCUAUCAAAGAUGGAUACCAGUGAAGAAGAAGACAUCUGUCGAGUGUGUCGCUCUGAAGGAACUCAAGAAAAGCCUCUCUACCAUCCAUGUGUCUGCACUGGCAGUAUAAAGUUCAUCCAUCAAGAAUGUUUAGUCCAAUGGCUAAAGCACAGCAGGAAAGAAUACUGCGAACUUUGCAAGCAUAGAUUUGCUUUCACUCCAAUAUACUCCCCAGAUAUGCCUUCUAGGCUUCCAGUUCAAGACAUCUUUGCUGGAUUAAUUACAAGUAUUGCUACAGCUAUAAGAUAUUGGUUUCACUACACACUUGUGGCCUUUGCUUGGUUGGGAGUUGUACCCCUCACAGCAUGUAAGUAUUUUCUCUAUUUGUUUACUGGUUCUCUGUCCUCAAUCUUCACACUACCCCUCUCUCUGUCCUCUGGGGAGAACUUGUUGGCGGACUGUUUGCAGGGUUGUUUUGUAGUGACCUGUACAUUGUGCGCAUUCAUUAGUCUAGUAUGGUUAAGAGAACAGAUAGUCCAUGGAGGAGCACCACAGUGGCUGGAGCCGAAUCAUCCUCAACCACCUAAUGGAGCUGGUCAGGUAAAUGAGGGCCAUGGGGAAGGUGUUGCUGUGGUACAGAAUGCUGCUGCACAUCCUGCUAAUCUUCCAGCUGAAAAUGCUGUAGUAGCUGAGAAUCCAGAAGGUCAGCUAGACCAGGGAGAUGAGGAGGAUGACAAUGAAGAUGAUGAUGAUGCUGCAGUGGAGGAUGCUGCAGAAGCUAACAAUGGUGCCCAAGAUGACAUGAACUGGAAUGCUUUGGAAUGGGAUCGGGCAGCUGAAGAACUUACAUGGGAGAGAAUGCUUGGACUGGAUGGUUCGUUGGUAUUUCUGGAACAUGUUUUUUGGGUUGUGUCGCUGAAUACUCUGUUUAUACUUGUGUUUGUUUAUUGCCCAUAUCAUAUUUCUACACAUUUUAGUAUUGUUGGUCUUUAUUUUAGUCAAUAUAAGAAAAUAUCAUAUUUUUAUGGAUACGUCAGUACGAUUUUGCUUUUCAUUAUUUUGGCUGAAAAUCUUGUUUGCUGCCAUGGAUUGGCUGCACUUGUGAGGUUUCAGAGGUCGCGACGAUUAUUGGGAGUCUGCUAUAUUGUUGUUAAGGUCUCUCUCUUAGUGGUUGUAGAGAUUGGAGUAUUUCCUCUUAUUUGUGGCUGGUGGCUUGAUAUAUGUUCUCUGGAAAUGUUUGAUGCUACUCUUAAAGAUCGAGAGCUGAGUUUUCAGUCUGCACCUGGUACGACAAUGUUUCUGCACUGGCUUGUGGGAAUGGUCUAUGUCUUCUACUUCGCCUCCUUCAUUUUGUUACUCAGAGAGGUUUUGAGACCUGGUGUAUUGUGGUUUCUGAGGAACUUGAAUGAUCCAGAUUUUAAUCCAGUGCAAGAAAUGAUUCAUCUUCCUAUUUACAGACAUCUCAGGAGGUUCAUUCUUUCAGUUAUCGUGUUUGGGUCCAUUGUUCUUCUGAUGCUUUGGCUUCCUAUUCGUAUCAUCAAGCAUCUUCUGCCUGAUUUUCUGCCGUACAAUGUAAUGCUGUACAGUGAUGCUCCUGUGAGUGAACUUUCUUUGGAGCUGCUACUUCUGCAGGUUGUGCUUCCAGCUUUGCUGGAGCAAGGCCAUACGCGGCAGUGGCUUAAAAGUCUUGUUCGUGCAUGGACCAUUACAGCUGGAUAUUUGUUAGACCUGCAUUCCUACUUGCUUGGAGACCAAGAUGAUGCAGAGAACAAUGCAAACCAGCCAGCCAACAAUAACCAGCAAGCUCGCAAUAAUAACGCCAUUCCUUUGAUGGGUGAGGGUCUCCAUGCUGCACAUCAGGCAAUACUUCAGCAGGGUGGACCAGUUGGCUUUCAACCUUACCGAAGACCUGUUAAGUUCCCUUUUAGGAUCCUGCUACUGAUAAUGUUCAUGUGCGUAACAUUACUGGUUGCUAGUCUUGUCUGCCUUACAUUACCAGUAUGUACUGGUCGUUGGUUGAUGUCAUUUUGGACUGGAAAUGCUAAAAUUCAUGAACUCUAUACAGCAGCUUGUGGGCUUUAUAUAUGUUGGUUGAGCACUCGUGCUGCAACUGUUUUCGUAGCAUGGAUGCCACAAGGGCGUCAAGUGAUACUACAGAAGAUCCAGGAGUGGUCCAUGAUGAUAAUAAAGACAUUAAUAGUUGCUCUCCUGCUGGCUGGAGUUGUUCCUCUUCUGCUUGGUCUUCUUUUUGAGCUGGUUAUAGUGGCUCCUUUGAGGGUUCCUCUGGACCAGACACCGCUGUUUUAUCCAUGGCAGGACUGGGCCCUUGGUGUUUUGCAUGCGAAAAUUAUUGCUGCCAUCACUCUGAUGGGGCCUCAUUGGUGGCUAAAGACAGUUAUUGAACAGGUUUACGCAAAUGGCAUCCGCAACAUUGACCUGCAAUAUAUAAUUCAAAAACUAGCAGCACCAGUAAUUUCUGUACUACUGCUCUCUCUCUGUGUGCCGUAUAUAAUAGCAUCUGGCAUUGUCCCAUUAGUAGGUGCAACAUCUGAGAUGCAAAACUUAGUACAGCGUCGAAUAUAUCCUUUCCUUCUUAUGGUGGUUAUUCUGAUGGGAGUAUUGUCCUUCCAGAUUCGUCAAUUCAAACGCCUAUAUGAACACAUAAAAAAUGACAAGUAA